AACUGUCUCAGCUGGGUUUGAAUGAACGUGGCGGGGCGGGGAGCGCGUGGAGCUGACAGACAGUCUCGUGUCCGGCACGCGCGCGUUCUCACACCUCCGAAAGCACAAUGCUGGAAACGAAGUUUUUGGCCACGAAAUGAAUCCUGCCAACGAAACCCGAGUGGAGAGAAGUGCAGAACAACAUCUGUUCACCGUGAGCACCUACAAACUUCUCGCUUUGACCAUCGGGACCAUUGGGGCGUUCGGCUUCUGCAACAAUGUUGUUGUCAUCGUCCUCUUCUGUAAAUUCAAGCGGCUCCGCACGCCCACUAAUUUGCUGCUGGUCAACAUUAGUUUGAGUGAUUUUCUGGUUUCCGUCAUCGGGAUAAACUUUACGUUUGCUUCGUGCGUCGAACGCGGAUGGAUUUGGAGCCAGGCGACAUGCGUGUGGGACGGAUUCAGCAACAGCCUAUUUGGCAUAGUUUCCAUCAUGACUUUGGCAGCCCUGGCCUAUGAGCGGUACAUCCGCGUGGUCCACGCCCAGGUGGUGGACUCCUGGGCGUGGCGGGCCAUUGCCCACAUCUGGCUGUACUCGCUGGCCUGGACGGGAGCUCCUCUGCUGGGAUGGAACCGCUACACUCUGGAGAUCCACCAGCUGGGCUGCUCUCUGGACUGGGCAUCGAAGGACCCCAACGACGCCGCCUUCAUCCUCUUGUUCCUCCUGGCGUGUUUCUUUGUGCCUGUGGGCAUCAUGAUCUACUGCUAUGGGAACAUCCUCUAUACUGUGCAGAUGCUGCGCUCCAUCCAGGACCUCCAGACGGUCCAGAUCAUCAAGAUCCUGCGCUAUGAGAAGAAGGUGUCCGUCAUGUUCCUGCUGAUGAUCUCCUGCUUCCUGCUUUGCUGGACGCCCUACGCCGUCGUGUCCAUGAUGGAGGCCUUCGGCAGGACCAGUCUGGUUUCCCCCACGGUGGCCGUCAUCCCCUCGUUCUUCGCCAAGUCCAGCACGGCCUACAACCCUCUCAUCUAUGCCUUCAUGAGCAGAAAGUUCCGGCGCUGCUUGUUGCAGCUGCUCUGCUCCCGGCUCUCCUGGCUGCAGCGCAACCUCAAAGAGCGGCCCCUGCCCCGGGUCGAGCGGCCCAUCCGGCCCAUUGUGUCCAGCACGUGCGGCAGCAAGGAGCGGCCCAAGAAGAGGGUGACCUUCAGCUCCUCCUCCAUCGUCUUCAUCAUCACCAGCGACGACUUCCGCCAGCUGGGCGUGGCCGCCAAGGCCGGAGACUCCCCGGAGGUCAACGUCAUUCAAGUGAGGCCGCUGUGAUGAGCGCGGACUGGACCGCUCAGCCCAGCACUCAGUACGCCUCAGGGGCCCAACAUGCUGUUUCAAGCCAAAACCCUCCUGUCUGACCUCUGGAUGUUUCUGUGUCUGCAACAGAUUUGUAUCAUCCUCAACCAACAUCAGCUGUGGUGACAUAUGUGACUUAUACUGUAGUUAACUGGGAGUAGGGUGUUUCUGAACUGGCUGCGAUGGUCAUAGUGAAGGACCUGAGUUUGACAGCAGAUUGUUUGGUUGGUACCCAACUGAAAGUGUGUAACAUGGAAACAAGCCUUAGCUUCUAAGUUCAAUAAAUGACAUUACUGUGUAUGGAUUCAAUAAACUAGACUAUUUUAGGCUA